CAAUCCCUCUAAUGGAGAAUGCAGCACCCAUUGACUGGAUCAGCAAUUUACCGGAUGAAUUACUCUGUUACAUUCUCUCCUUACUCCCAACCAAACUUGCUUUCUCCACCACCGUUCUCUCCAAGAGAUGGACUCCACUCACCAAAUUACUCACGGCUCUCCACUUCCACGACGAAUCCGUUAAAGACGAAGCCGCCUUCUCCCGUUUCUGUAGCUUCGUCGACACAGUCACUGCCUCUGCUGAACUUAUCAAAACAUUUCACCUAGACUGUGAUUCUAUCCAUUGGCAUGGUCGUUUCAACAACUGGAUCCAAACUGCCAAACGCCAUCCUCUGGAGAAUCUCUACCUAUAUUUUCCUUUAUUUAAUUUUUACAACAGAAUCACUUUGCCACCAACUACUUUCACCUUUCCAAAGCUUGUGGUUCUCAAAUUCAAGUGUUUCUGUUUGGAUGGUGAUAUCUCCGUCGAUCUUCCAUCGCUUAGGACCCUUCAUUUGGAUUCUGUUUACUUGAAAAAUCAUGAGAGUUUCAAAAAGUUUAUUUAUGGGUGUCCCAUUUUGGAAGAUUUGAAUUUUACGCACGUUUAUUAUUUCACGCAAGAUAAGAGUUCUAGUUCUACCAUGAACACAGGAGAGUUUAAAUCCUUAUCCAAGUUGAUCAGAGCCGAUAUCCUUGACUCUGAUGUUCCCGUUACAGCAGUUUAUAAUGUCCAGAUUUUAAAAGUCUGGGUGACUAGAAAGCUUCCUGAGCAAGUGAUCAUUCCCAAUAACAGAAGGUUUCAAAACUUAAUCCACCUUGAACUGUAUGUAAGCGCCUCAGAUUACUGUGAAGAUCUGAUGGACCUGCUCCAGAAUUGCCCCAAACUUCAAAGGCUCACUAUUGCUGAGCUGCUAGACCAAGAUUUAUUCAAAAACUGGAAAUACCCAAAUACGGUUCCUAAUUAUUGCCGUCAAAUCUUUCUCACUAAGCAGCAACGCAUCACAAUCUCAACCCCUCUAAUGGAGAAUGCAGCACCCAUUGAUAGUAUCAGCAACUUACCAGAUGAGUUACUCUGUAACAUUCUCUCCUUACUCCCAACCAAACUUGCUUUCUCCACCACCGUUCUCUCCAAGAGAUUGACCCCACUCAGCAAAUUACUCACGGCUCUCCACUUCCACGACAAAUCCGUUAAAGACGAAGCCGCCUUCCUCCGUUUCUGUAGCUUCGUCGACACAGUCACUGUCUGUCUCUGCAGAACUUAUCAAAACGUUUCACCUCAAUUGUGA